AUGGAUUUCUUGGAUAAGUUGGUAGUGGUCUUCACCGAUGACAUCCUCAUCUACUCAAAGGGUGAAGAAGAACACAAGGAACAACUCAGAGCAGUUCUGCAAAGGCUCCGUGACCAUCAGCUAUAUGCGAAGUUUAGCAAAUGUGAGUUUUGGCUCAAGAAAGUUCGAUUUUUAGGGCAUGUUCUUUCAGCAGAAGGGAUAGCCGUGGAUCCAAGUAAGGUGAAAGACGUGCUAGACUGGACUGCACCCACGACAAUAUCCGAGAUCCGGAGUUUCCUUGGAUUAGCUGGAUACUACCGUCGCUUCAUCGAAGGAUUCUCUAAGAUUGCCAAGCCAAUGACAGAGCUUCUCAAGAAAGAUAAGAAGUUUGAAUGA